AUGUGGACAUCCUGUUGUAGCUGGUUUUGCUUAGAACCCACCGCCACAGUGGAAGAAAACGUCAGCUCCUGGCGCCAGGCCUACACAAACUUGGGCUACAGCCAAUCCUUGACCUCUCCCGAACAUAUGUGCAAGGCCUGCGGAGGCCAAUUCGACACCAUCGCUAGGAAGCAUGUCUGCGUGGACUGCAAGAAGAACUUCUGCGGCCACUGCUCGGUGCAGCUGGAGCCGCCACGCCCGCGCCUCUGCCACACAUGUCAGCACUUUCACGGAACCCUAUUCGACCGUGCCCAGUUGAUGCGGCUCAAGGUGCGGGAGCUGCGCGACUACCUCCACCUGCAUGAGGUGCCCACCCAGACGUGUCGGGAAAAGGAGGAGCUGGUUGAGCUGGUCUUGGGCCAGCAGACCCCUAGCACCAGCACCAGCAGUGAGACCGUGUCCUCCCAGCCCAGGGCUCACAACAACGUCCCUUCCCCAGGCACACCAUCCCCUCCCCAGACACAGGGCCCUAUCAGCCCCGACACAUUGAGCCCAGAGCAGCCAGAACAAUCAGCCCCCGAGUCAUCCGACAACAAGGAGACCCUGAUCCCCGGCCGCAGGGCCUCUCUGUCUGACCUGAGCUGCGUUGAGGACAUCGAGGGCCUGAGUGUGCGCCAGCUGAAGGAGAUCUUGGCCCGCAACUUUGUCAACUACAAGGGCUGCUGCGAGAAGUGGGAGCUGAUGGAGAGGGUCACCCGCCUCUACAACAACCAGAAGGACCUCCAGAACCAAGUUUCAAAUACAACAAGUAAAGAAGGUAAGGACCCUGCGGCUCCCAAGAGCCAGGAGGAGAACCUCUGUCGGAUCUGCAUGGACUCACCCAUUGACUGUGUUCUGCUGGAGUGCGGCCACAUGGUCACCUGCAGCAAGUGCAGCAAACGCAUGAGCGAGUGCCCCAUCUGUAGGCAGUACGUGGUACGGGCGGUGCAUGUCUUCAGGUCCUGA